AUGAAUGGCCAUCCCAUGCUCGCCGCUAUCGUGCGCAACUACGAGGAUGAAGCAGAUGGACGAGAGAAGAAGAAAGGGCGAGGUGUUGUAAAAGGUGUUAAAGCAGCUCAGAAGCGUUUUGCCAACGGAUCUGCGAAGCUAAAUAUUACAUUUUCUGAAACGUUGGGUGGUACGAUAGGAAUGAACUAUCGCUCAUUCAAGGAUGACGUGGUAGUGAUAAUGAAAAGGAAGGCAUUCAAAACAGAUGAUGCUAGAUUGGCUAAUGUUCCGGAAGACUUAGAACCGGAAGAGUGGGAAUGGAUGAUCAACUACUUCGGCAAUGAUGAAAAAUUCCAGGCACGCAGCCAACUGAACUCCGAUAAUCGCAAGAAACAGAAAACAAAACAUAGAGUUGGAUCAAAAUCGUACGCCCAACUAAGUUUUGAGAAGAGAAACUUGGAAACUGGAGAAGAGCCGGAUUGUGUUGCUCUAUGGGAACUCACACACACGAAGAAUGGAACAUGGUCUAACCCAGAGUCCCAGGAAGUUUAUGACAAAGCACGUGAAGCGGUGCAGAACAAAGAAACUGAAACAAAAGGUCCACUAUCAAGCUGA